UUACUCUGAGUAGGAGCACACUGAUCUGCGUUAGCUGUUCUUUCACUGUUUGUUUAAGUGGAUUUGGUUUGGAUUCCCUCUUCUCAUGUCGCUAAUUGGAUAUACUAACUGUUUUCUUCUUUUGUGAAGUUUUCUCGUUUCACCUCAAGUAAAUCAGCUGCCUGUAACUGCACAAAGUUCCAGUUGGACCUUUUUCCUUCGUACUCCUCCCUCGGCUGUUUCCAUCAUUGCUGCUGUGACAGAUUUGCAGUCGGGACAGACAGUGGAGAGCGGGGCGAUAGCUGAGCUUUUGCCUGCAGUAUGUUUCGCUGUCAGCAUGUGUGUGAGACCUGGAUUGUUAGCAGCUGAGGGUGAAACUGGCAGCAUGUAUGAGAGGCACAGGCGAAGGUACAGCUUCUGUGCCAAAGGAGAGCCCACUGUGGAUGUGCUGUUGAUUAAGAUCCAGAGAGAAAGCCAUGUGCUCUGUCCUGUACAGCCCAAUCUUGAACACAACGCAAUAACACCAUGUACAGAUAUUCACACAGACCGAGGAACGUGUGUGUCACUGUGUUUGGUGCAGGGAGAGUCGGCGGUGGAAGAUGGCCUGAACGUCACUCCUGAGCUGGAUGAUGGUCUAAUUCACAAGCCUGAGGCUCCUCAGACUGGUGUUGGGCACAUGGACAGCCAGGCCUGUGGCGCCCACUCCUCCACUAGUAAUGCACUGAUGCAAGAAGCUGUCAGUCCCAGCAAAGCAGCGUUGCCAGUGGACACAUCUGGCGCUGUGUCCCCUCAGAGCUCCACACUGUCCUGGAUGUCAAAAACGGAGGACAGAGGAGGAGGAGGAGAAAGAGGAGGAGAGGUAGAGGGAGGAGGCGAUGAAGAAGAGAAAAAAGACCAGCUUCCAGAAACUCCAGUGUUAUCAGCCGUCUUGCGCACAUCCAGUCGCUCCUUGUCUCCGUUGCGUCGCCAUAGCUGGGAGCCGGGCAGGAUCAACACAGCCACACACAUGGAGCUCUCACAGAGCAGUCCGCCUGCCCCUUCCUUCAGCUCACUGAAGACCGUUUCAGGAGAGGUGAAACAAGCCAAGACCCCUCUCCACAGAAGAAGUAUGAGCUGGUGUCCAUCCAACCUGGUUUUUCCUGAUCAGGAGCAAAUAGACAGCAGAAGCCACAGUCUAGAAAGUCUAGAAGUGGGCACAGAAGUGGUGCAGGACCAGACACAGUGUGCCAGCAUCAGUGAUCAGGAGGUGGUGGCUGCAGGCAGGAGUUCACAGGUGGAGAGCCUGGACAGGGGGUCUCUGGCCUCCCUAACCGAGGAGGAGCAGGAAGGAGACAGCAGCAGCAUUGAUAGCCAGACAUCAUUGAUUGUCAGCUGUCCUGCCAUCUUUCAUCAUCCAACUCUCACCAAAUCCAUCUCCAUGGUCACCGUCACUCAGCGGGACGUACAGGGUGUGAACUCAUUCUGCAGUCACUCUGGGUCACUGGCAUCCAGUAUUUCAGAGGAUGAGCCAGGUCCCCUGCAGAGCGAAACUGAGGGAAAAGGAGGGCCUAAAAUUGGUCGGAGAUUCAGCUACCUCCGCAACAAGAUGAGCAAGAAAGUCAAGGACAAGGAGAGGAGGGGGGAGGGUAAGCAAGAGAGCAAAGCACGAGAAAAGGCCCCCCUGUGCCCCCCCGGCUCCACGCUGUGUCAGCACAGCGGCAGACUCCUGUGCAAUAAGGAAACGUUCUCCUGCAACAACUGUGGGGUCCUCGUCAGUGACAGAUCCACGGAGAGCCCGUCUGUCUGUGCAAAGAACAGAAUAAAGCAAGCGGCGGUGCCAGAAGGCGUUCCUGGGUCGUCUGUUAACACGAGGAGUAAAACUACAUCUUCUACAUCAUCGCUGUCAUCAAGGUCCUCAUCGUCACGUUGGUCAACAGUAACAAUGCCCAACGACCACCUUCCUAUGCUGUCUCCGAGAAGAAACCGCAGAACCUUCAGCCCUCACAGCAACCUGGCUAAGAGCAUCUCCAUUAGCAACAUACCAUCGUUAGACGAUGCUGCACUCAAGCGCCUCAAAGUGCUGUCCCAGUCCACCGACUCUCUCCAUCAGGGGAGCAAAGUCAACGCUUCAACUGAGUCUCUCACUGAUGAAGGUACUGAGAUCACUGAGACCCAGCUGAUGGAGUUUGAAAAUGACAUUAAAGAUCUGGCAGCUGAUUCUUGGAGCGGCAUGGUGGAUAAGAAGUUCUUGAAGUCCCUGAAGAAAGAUGAAGUGAAGAGACAAGAUGUCAUUUAUGAGCUGUACCAGACGGAGGUUCACCAUGUGAGGACUCUGAAGAUUAUGUCGGAAGUGUAUCACAAAGGCCUUCAGAAGGAGCUGCAGCUUGAUCUUCAAACUCUGAACAAGAUUUUCCCUGUUUUGGACGAUCUCUUGGAGUUCCACACAGAAUUCCUCUCAUUGCUCCUGGAGAGAAAAAGAAAUGCAUCAACUGAGAGACAGAAAAGCAACAACUUCCUCAUCUGCAGCAUUGGAGACAUCUUAGUUAAACAGUUUUCAGGCUGCAGCUCUGUCCGCAUGACAAAAGUUUAUGGGAAGUUUUGCAGUCGCCACAACGAAGCCGUCAGUCUGUACAAAGAACUGCACGCCAAAGAUAAACGCUUCCAGGCUUUCGUCAAGAGAACAAUGAGCAGCAGUGUUGUGCGGCGGCUCAGCAUCCCAGAGUGCAUUUUGUUGGUGACUCAGAGGAUCACCAAAUAUCCUGUUCUGAUCCAGAGGAUCCUUCAGCACACCAAAGAGUCAGAUAAGGAGCACGGCUUGGUUUCUGACGCGCUGCGCCUUGUGAAGGAGCUGAUUACGGCUGUGGAUAAUAAAGUCAACCAGCAGGAGAAGAAACAGCGCCUGAAGGAGGUGUACAGUCGCACUGACAGUAAGUCCAUCAUGAGGAUGAAGAGUGGUCAGAUGUUCGCUAAAGAGGACCUGAUCAGAGGGAGGAAGCUGCUGCACGAUGGAGCGCUGCAGCUGAAAAACUCUGCAGGAAGACUCAAAGAAGUCCACGCCAUGCUCCUGACAGAUGUGCUGGUGUUUCUUCAGGAAAAAGACCAGAAAUAUGUAUUUGCCUCAUUGGACCAGCGCUCCACGGUCAUCUCCUUACACAAACUCAUUGUAAGAGAAGUGGCAAAUGAGGAGCGAGGUCUGUUUCUGAUCACAGCUGGCACAGAAAAGCCAGAAAUGGUGGAGGUGUUGGCCAGCAGCAAGGAGGAGCGCAACACAUGGAUGGCCAUUAUACAGGACGCUAUGCAGUGCAUGGAGAAAGAUAAGGAUGAGGGACUCCCAAGUGAGACGGAAGAAGACCGGAGACACCAGGAGAACAGAGCAAAGGAGAUCCGCGAGCUUCUGCAGAGGAAGGAUGAGCAGAUUAUCAGUCUAUUGGAGGAGAAGAUACACAUCUUUAGAGAGCUGGGUAACUGCAGUCUGUCUCCAGAGGAUGCUAACACAUCGGUCAUGGAGCGGAUGUUGUUCAGAGCCACACCUGAUAACGUCACCAAAGGAGAGCCGGUCAUAAAUGAUGCUGUGAGAGAAGUGGAGGCCCUGCAUGCUUUGGUCAGCGGAGGUUUUGGUGCAGAGGCCUGCGGUCCAGGCGGCCUGACAGGGGGCGCCGUGGGACCAGUCUGCCUGCCCAGACGAGCGGAGACGUUUGGAGGCUUCGACAGUCAUCAGAUGAACAGCAGCAAGAAUGGAGAAAAGGAAGAGGGCGAGGAGUCAGUGGACCUCCGCAGGACUGAGUCCGACAGCGUGCUGAAGAAGGGAGCCACUGCCAGCCUGCAGACCCUGCUAAAGAGAAACAAUGAACAGCUCCAGCGCAGUGUGACACGUCUCCAUGAGCUGCUCAUUUCCCUGCAGGCUGUGGUCAUCCAGCAGGACUCAUUUAUUGAGGACCAGAGGCAAGCCCUGAGCAGCCAACUCAGCACCACCUCCUCCAGACAGUCCAUCUCUUCCUCCUCCUCCUGCUCCUCGCUCUCAUCCUCAACUAGCUCGCGCCCCUCCUCCCUCAUUGAGCAGGAGAAGCACAGGAGUUUGGAGAGGCAGCGGCAGGAGGUGGCCAGCCUGCAGAAACAGCAGGCUGCACAUCAGGAAGAAAAGAGGAAACGAGACAGAGAGUGGGAGCUGAAAGAGAGAGCUCUGGCAGAUCGGGAGGAGAGGCUGGGGGAGGAAGAGGAGCAGACGAGGCGGAAAUGUCGGGAGCUGACAGAAGAGAUGCAGAUGUUACAGAGGAGCAAAGAAGAGUACCAGAGAGACGUGGAGUGGCUGAGGGAGGCGCAGAGGAGGCUGGAGAGAGACGAGGAGGCUCUGAGGAGAGACAAUCAGAAGGUGGACGCAAAUAGAGAGCAGUUGGAGGAGCUUCAGAGGUACCAGCGCACUCCCUCCACAAACUCAGACGACUCCUUAAGGUUCCACAGCACCGGGUCCCUGGAUCUGGAUUUAAAAGAAAUAGCAGAACAAGCCAAAGAGGUGGAGCUCUCAUCCUCCGCCCCAACCAAAGAACCUUUCCUCCGCAUUGGAUCCAAGAGGAUGAGCAAAAACUUCAACCCCUUCUCCUCUAAGGCUCAGGGAGCAGAGAAGGAGUCCCAGCUCCCCUCCAGACUACUUCAACUGACCAAAUCCAAAGAGAAGAAGGAGAAAAAGAAGAAAGGAAAAGGAGGGAAGGACGCGCAGGCAGAAAACAAAGGUGCAGUGAUGUUGGAUUCUCCAAACGACAGUGACUUCUUCAUCUGA